AUGGACCAAUGGUGGGGAAGGGGCGGGGAGGGCGGUUUUGACGGUGGGAACGGGCGGGAGGAGGGCGCGGCGGUGGGAAAUGGGCGGGGAGGAGGUUGCGACGGUGGGAAGGGGCGGGGAGGAGGUCGCGACGGUUGGGAAGGGGGCGGGGAGGGCGGUUUCGACGGUGGGAACGGGCGGGAGGAGGGCGCGGCGGUGGGAAAUGGGCGGGGAGGAGGUCGCGACGGUGGGAAGGGGCGGGGAGGAGGUCGCGACGGUUGGGAAGGGGGCGGGGAGGGCGGUUUCGACGGUGGGAACGGGCGGGAGGAGGGCGCGACGGUGGGAAAUGGGCGGGGAGGAGGUCGCGACGGUGGGAAGGGGCGGGGAGGAGGUCGCGACGGCGGGGAAGGGGCGGGGAGGGCGGUUUCGACGGUGGGAACGGGCGGGAGGAGGGCGCGACGGUGGGAAAUGGGCGAGGAGGAGGUCGCGACGGUGGGAAGGGGCGGGGAGGAGGUCGCGACGGUGGGGAAGGGGGCGGGGAGGGCGGUUUCGACGGUGGGAACGGGCGGGAGGAGGGCGCGACGGUGGGAAAUGGGCGAGGAGGAGGUCGCGACGGUGGGAAGGGGGGGGGGAGGAGGUCGCGACGGUGGGGAAGGGGCGGGGAGGGCUGUUUCGACGGUGGGAACGGGCGGGAGGAGGGCGCGACGGUGGGAAAUGGGCGGGGAGGAGGUCGCGACGGUGGGAAGGGGCGGGGAGGAGGUCGCGACGGUGGGGAAGGGGCGGGGAGGGCGGUUUCGACGGUGGGAACGGGCGGUAGGAGGGCGUGACGGUGGGAAGGGGCGGGGCGACGGGGUAGGGCGCGAGCUAGGGCGCGGGCCGUGGCGACGGGGUAGGGCGCGAGCUAGGGCGCUGGCCGUGGCGACGAGGUAG